CGAAUAUUCUAACCUCUUCCAGCAUCGCGGUAUCGCGCAUGGCCGCUAUCGUCGCUACAUAAAUUUCGUUACAGUUAUUUCUGUCAAUUGUGUGGCCAUAUUUUUCUGUCUGGUUGAAUUUGAAGUCGGUUUUCUGAAUCCGUUGUUGUUACAAUGGGACGCCGACCAGCGAGGUGUUAUCGAUAUUGCAAGAAUAAACCGUACCCAAAGUCCAGGUUCUGUCGUGGUGUUCCGGACCCGAAAAUCCGCAUCUUUGAUCUGGGCAAAAAGAAAGCAUCCGUGGAAGAUUUUCCAUUAUGCGUACACUUGGUGUCGGACGAGUACGAACAACUGAGCUCUGAAGCUUUGGAAGCUGGGCGAAUCUGCGCCAAUAAGUACAUGGUGAAGAAUGCUGGUAAAGAUCAGUUCCACAUCCGUAUGAGGCUCCAUCCAUUCCACGUUAUACGCAUCAACAAGAUGUUAUCGUGCGCUGGAGCUGAUAGGCUUCAAACAGGUAUGAGAGGAGCUUUCGGUAAACCACAAGGUACUGUGGCCAGGGUACAUAUUGGACAACCCAUCAUGAGUAUACGUUCAUCUGAUCGUCAUAAGGCAGCUGUCAUUGAGGCUUUGCGACGUGCAAAGUUCAAGUUCCCUGGCCGCCAGAAGAUUUACGUGUCGAAAAAGUGGGGUUUCACGAAGUACGACCGUGCCGAAUACGAGGAACUGAAAGUGGCCGGCCGGCUUGCUCCAGAUGGCUGCAACGUCAAGUACCUCCCCGAGCAUGGACCUCUCGAGGAAUGGAAGAAGUUUAGGAAGAUGCUCGCUGCAGCAUAAAUCUGCUGUUUAAAGUUACAGUUUAAGUGAGCACGUUUAUGUUUUUCUUUCGUACAGUAAUAAGUGUUUCUCACUAUCAAUGUGCAUUUUUUUAACAGUAUUAUUAUUGAAGCUGUUUAAAAAUAUAUAACUUACCAGAAUUUGGAAUAGUCAUUUUAACGAUAUCAUUGGCUAUUUAAACACAAUACGUUUCUCUAUCUUCGUUGAACAGUAGACUCGAAGGAUCGUCCAACAAUUGCAUCAAACGAAAGAAUCUAUGGUUAAUUUGUGCUAAAAAUUUCAAUGAAAAGAAUUUGACUACAUUCCAGCCCUUUAAGCCUGUGAUGCAUGUACUUGACAUUAGAACAGGAUUAAAGAGGAGAGCUUCAAAAAUGCAUCUUCACCUUAAUUAAGCAUGAAAAAUAUUGUAUCUCUUAAUAUCGAAAGAAAA